AUGAACCCCGGUGAUGGAAUCGCACCCAUCCAAAUCAGGAAGAUGCGAAAUGACUUCGUCAGAUGCAUCAUCAAAGAUGAGGAGUACAAAAAAAAAGACGAGAAAAAAAAAGAAAUUGUCAAGUAUUGUAAAAGCUACAAAGAUUUCUGCAACAUCGUAAGCUCAGUAAAUAUGAAGCCAAUUAGGACAUAUGAGCAGAAGGUCUCCUAUGAGGAUUAUGUUAACUUCAAUGGUUCCUCCUCACAGUCUCAAAUGGAAGCUAUUAAAAGGAGAAACCGACGGAGCCAAAAUUCGCAGCUCAGCAACUUGUUUCAAAUUAAUAGCCCGGUGGAACUGCCCUCUCCUCAAGAGGUCGACGAGAGGAAGUCUGGACAAGAGAUCCAGCAAUUUCUAAACAUGUUGUCGGAGAAGCAAAAUGAUUACGCCAAUUUUAUAAAACACAAUUACACCUCUGAUGAACUCACAGAAUUGCUUAACCUAAUAACAAGAAAAUGGGAUGACCUAUUGGAGACAACUAAUCCGGAAGACCCCAUCAUGGAAAAGGCGCAACAGACAUGUCUCAAUAUCGCUAACUUCCUCAUUCAUGUGGCGAACCACUGGGAGAAGCAGAAUCUCUCCCUCUACUUCACGCAGGAUGAACUAAACCAUAUCAACUUAAACCUCCAGGACAUUAUUGGAAAAAUGGAAAAAACGGUAUCUACCUAUGAUGACGAAACGAAUGGCGAAGCAAGCAUAAUCAUAAAUCAACUCAAGGUGAUUCACUUGUAG